CGUAAGCCCCAUUUUAUUAACAGACCAAAGUGUAUCCUAAGCCCAAAUUCACCAAACCCUAGCACAGCCAUCAACAAAGUUGAAUACAGAAUAUGGAGAUGACGAAUGACGACGAUGACGAUGAGGUCGCGAGCCAUCUCUCUCUCUCUCUCUCUCUCUCUCCUUCCUCCCGUGUCCUGGCCGUAUUCAGUACCCAUGUUGCUUAGUUUCAAAGAUGGCGUCUCUUUUGUCUUGCUUUUGGUUUUGUUUUAUUGCUGUUGGCACCAGUGGUCAGCAGUUGGGUUCCCUUCUAUUAUAGCGGUUCAAUGGCUGUUGGAGUUUUUCUUGUCAUUAUUAUCCUUCUUUUUCAGGGGAUGAAAUUAUUACCAACUCGGAGGAAAAAUGUUUUCUACCUCACUCUAUAUGGAUUGGUGGUUUCUAUUUUUGUACUACUUGGGAUUGUUGUUGCAGGAGCUGCCCUAGGGUAUUGGAUGGUGCAGAAAUUUGUUAUUUCAGAUGAUGGAAGUGUGGAUGUUGGCGCAGCUCAAUUUGAGAAAUGGGCCAUGCACAUCAUUGCAGCCACAUUUAUCUUCCAGAGUACUCUUGAUACUCCUUUGGCAAUGGGGGCGUCGGCUUCUUGUUUGUCAAUCUGCUUUCUUGUCACUUCCUUCAAGUGGAAUGGUCAGAUUCUACCAUUACUUUUGGGAAUUCAAUUUAUUCUGCAAAUGGGAAUCCUUGGCGGAGUAGAGGACGAGCAAAUGUAAGACACAAUCGUGCUGAAUUUCUCAGCAGGUCAGGGAUGGUGGCUUCACGGGGAACACUGUGGAACAGCCCAAGGAGAUCUUCUGGUUGGUCGGACUCUCCCGUUAAAGGUGUGAUAUCUCCGACCACUGGGAGGGUGACAAGAAAUCAACAGGAUUACUAUUGAACAUUCCAUAGGACACCCAACAGAAAGAAGUUUUCAAAAAAAGAGUGGGAGAAUUUCACCGAAGAAUCAACCCGACAUGCUGUGGCUGAGUUGGCAUCCUCUCCAAAGUUCACUGAUUGGAUUAUUAAGCAUGCUGACAGCAGAUGAUAAUUCAGAUAACACAAUUGGAAGUGGCUCAGAUUCCCCAUAUGAGAAUCUUGUAGAAAGUGGCGAUUGAUUUAGUUUGUUCAAAUGGUAGCUGUGACCUUAGAGUGUAGGAAAUUAGUUACUUGUAGCAGUACAAUGAGGUAGAUGCUAGGAAUGGUGCUCAUUUAAUUUUUCUUCUUCUUUGUUUUAGGUUUACUUUUAAUACAUCGUAUUAUGUCAUUAAGCAAUUAUGGCAAAUCUUUUGAAAUCUUCUAAUCAUGUUAUAGUGCGUGCUCUUUCUAUGCCUCUUCCUACCAAAUACUUCUGAUGGUUGCAUAAAAAGAGCAUUCUCAAGUGUUUUAACUCUCUCAUUCAGUUUUAACCACUUAUUCAGU